AUGGAGGAAACAUCUUCUCCUGAAGUUGUAGAUUCAGAGUUAUUGCUAUCUAUGAGUCUCGGCAAUAACCAAAUGGUCGGUGAGUCCUCAUCCAUGCCCAUUUGCAAUUCUCCAAAACUAAUAGAAAACCCUAAUCAUCAAUUGAUUGUGCCAAAGCAACGACAAUUCUCAUGCAAGUUUUGCAACAAAAAGUUUCCAAGCUCUCAAGCCUUAGGAGGGCAUCAAAAUGCUCACAGACGUGAAAGAGUUCUCUCAAGGAUAGAUAGAGAGUUUGAUAUGGGAACUUUUGGACUUGGUGUUCAUAUGUACCCUUAUUCAACCAUGGCUCAUCAACACCCUUUUCGUGCUCCGAUUCCCUUUUUUUAUGAGACUAACAUGCACCCUAUGACUCAAAUGUCACCAUGCCAUGGCCAUUUCUACCUAGCUAUGGAAAUCAAGGGCUACACACACCUCCACUUCAGGGCAACGAUUUGGUAUGGCCAACCUUGGAGGCUUAAAUGUUGA